UUGAUUUGUGCAGUACCUCAGUGAUAAGAUGCAGACUGGAUCAAAGUGAGCCAGAAAUGAUGCAAAAGGUUUACUUAUAAAGUGACCAGUUUUCAUGCCAAGGAGCAAUGGUGGGUGAGAUCAGCGCGCGCCACACUGCCGUACCUGUGACGUCGUGGGAUCGCGCGACGCCGCCUGCCGCCGAGCGGAAGACGAUGGCGGCCGCGGCCACGGCGGCCGAGCGGCCGGACGGCCUGCGCGACGAGCUGCGCCGCUUCCUGAAGGCAGCCACCAACGAGACGCGCCUCAGCCAGCCGGAGCUGACGCACAUCGCGCUCCGGCUGCUGAAGAGCCUGCCGGCCGCGCGCGACGCCGGCCUUGAGUACCUCAGCUCGGUGCUGGACGGCUGCACGGCUCAGUUCGUCGCCAAACUGGAGGAGGGUGACGUGCCGGAGAGCGCGGCGGCGGCCGGCGAGGACGAGUUGGUGGGCGAGAUCAGUCAGGCGCUGUCCGGCCUGCUGGAGGCCAACCCGCACACCUGGGCGCCUGUCAUCUCGGCCUGGUCGCUCGAACUGCUCGGUCGCCUGUCGUCCCGGUACUCGGCGCGCGCGCACGUGCCGCACUCGGCCGGCCUGAACGACCUGGUGCAGCUGUGGCUGUGCUGCCCGGCCACGCGCGCGCUCAUCCACGUGACCGUGCUGUGCGUGCGUCACGACACGGACGUCUGCAUCAAGCCGCUGCUCGACACGUCGGCAGCGUACACGCCGCACUUCGACUGGGUGGUGGCGCAUAUCGGCUCUUGCUUCCCCAGCACCAUCAUCGAGCGCGUGCUGAGCGUGGGACUGCGCGAGUUCUGCGCCCAGCAGGCGGCGGCGCCCGGGGGCACUCCGGGAAAGCGGAGCUCGGUCGUGCAGAUCCUGGGGCAUCUCGCCGCCAGAAACUCGGCUGAAAUCUGCGACGCCCUCAAGGCCUUGAUCCAGCAGAGCUUGGGCCCGUCGCCGUCGGCUGCGCCAGCUGGCCCGCCGGACGAGGUGCGGCUGGCCACGGUGCCGUUCUUCCUGCAGCUGGCCGGGCUGUCGCCGCUGCUGCUGGACACGCUCUCCACGGAGAUCCUCCGCACGGUGACGGUGGCGCAGCUGGCCGCGGUCGCCGCCCAGGUGCCCGGCUGGAUCCCGCGCUACUUCGCCACCGCCGAGGCACUGCUCUCGCUCACCGUCCACCUGAGCAACUUCGCGUCGGUGCUGGAGGAGGCGAUCCGGCACGCGUCCGCCGAGAGCGCGGCGCCCGAGCAGGUGCUGCGUUCGGUGGAGAACCGGCGUCUCUCGCGGCUGGUGACCGUGCCGCAGGCGCACACCACGGUCUUCCACCCCGAGGACGGCGCGCGCACGCUCGCGCUGCUGCUUGUGGAGUUCAUCUCCCCUGACGUCAUGUUCAACGGCCUUCCCUGGCCAGAUGAGGAGUUUAUGAAGGUGACCAUGGAGCGGGACCUGGAGAUGCGCCGCUUCUUCGAUCACCACCCGGUCAGCUGGUGCCUGCUGGAGCUGGUGGCGCGCCGGCCGCCCGCCAUCUGCUACUGCUCCGUGCUGCUGCGCGCGCUUGCCGCCACGCUCAUCCAACAUUGGUCCUCCACUACGGAGACGCAAGCCUGCAACAGCGCCGGCCCGCUGGACGUGACCGAGCGGCUGCUGCACGUGAUGGCGCUGGGCCAGCUGCUGCCUCCGCCGCUCACGCUCAUCCCCGAGAUGCUGGCCACGCUGACCUCGCACGAGGUGUACCUGCUGCUGACAGACGUCUGGGCGUACAUGCGCGAGACGGUGCCGUCGCCGGCGGCCUUCACGCACGACGCGGCCGGCGUGGCGAGCCGCUCGUUCCCGCCGCUGGAGGCGCGCUUCACGGCCCGCCUGCUGCUCGUGCUGCAGAACAACAUGGCCACGCUCGGCCACCUGUUCCCGCAGGUACGGGCUGCCAUCGCGCCGGCCGACUGACGGACGCGCGCCCGCUCGCCGACCGGACGCUAGCCACCUGUUCCCGCAGG